GCCAUGUUUGCCUCCCGGGCGCUUCCGGUCUGGAAAGUCUACUUCCGCUACCGGGAGAUCUGCUUCCGGGUCCCUUGUGGCCGUUGAAAGAGUGGCGUGAGAAGUUGUAGGUAAUUACUUCAACAACACGCAGUGAUGGCUCUAACCAAGCCGUCGCUCUCACUGGAUUCUAGUGAGAGUGAUUCCGAGGAGUUGCCAACAUUUCCCUUCCUGAAGAAGGAACCGUCUUCAGCAAAGAGGAGGCAGCCUCCCAGGGCCGGCAGGAUCAUCAUGGUGGACACCUCAGACUCCAAAGCCUCCCAACCGCCAUCCCCAGGGCCAGUCACUCCCACCAGGGCAGAGCUGCUCCGAGAGCUGAGCAGUGGGAGCGAGGAAGAGGAGGAACUUGUUCCCCUGGCCAGGCGGCUUAAAUGUAAGUUUCUGACACACAGGCAGCUGAGCCCUAAGGCCUCCAGCCCCUCGGGUGAAGGUGUCAAGGAUCAUCAGAAUGAGGGAACAUCAUGUGACUGGGGAAUACCAUCCUUCCCCGAGGUCUCCGGUGUUCCCCUCAGUGACAACUCCAAGUGGGGUGCAGCAGAUAACCAGGCCCAGAGCUUGGGCUUCUCGUGCCAUAACCCCCCAGCACCCGGGUCCACCUGUCUCGUCCAGAGCAAGGGAUUGGCAGGAACCCAAACAAAAUCUGGCAUUGCCCCUGCUCAGAAGAGAGCCAAGCACAGUCAGAAGGGCCAGAGGAGAGCCUCGCAGAAACGAGUGAGCCGGAAGGAAAGUACCCUGGGACAGCAGGAGAGCAAGAAGAAGGCGGCGCUGGUCAGCAGGCUAAAGGCCCAGCGGCCAGAGGAGUGCUUGAAGCACAUCGUUGUGGCACUGGACCCAGAGCUUUUGCAGAUGGAAGGCGGGGGCCAGCUCCUCGGAGCGCUGCAGUCCAUGGAGUGCCACUGUGUCAUCAAAGCACAGGCUGUGCCUCGCAGUGUCACAUGGAGGAGAAGGGCAGGGCCCGGUGAGGAUGAAGAGGCCUGGGUGGAGGAGCCGGCAAUCCUGGUGUUGCUCCUGGCAGAGGCUUUUGUGUCCAUGAUCUGCAACUUAAAGCAGGGAAGCCCGGGCAGCAGCGAGAAUGGGAAGAAAACACUCAAGGGCUUCGUCACUGAUGUCACAGCAAGGACAGGAGGGAAAGCUCUGUCCCUAGUGAUUGUGGAUCAGGAGAAAUGCUUCAGGGCUCAGAAUCCUCCCAGGAAAGGGAAACAGGGAGCGGCAAAUAAACAAGCCAGGGAGAAGCAACAGCGACUCCGAAAGUCUAGCAUGGCGUCCUCAGUGUCCAGGGUGGAUGUGGAAGAGGCACUGGUGGAUCUGCAGCUACACACAGAAGCCCAGGUCCAGAUCGUGCAGAGCUGGAAGGAGCUGGCUGACUUCGCCUGCUCGGUCACAAAGGCCGUGGCUGAGGUGCCUUUCAAGAAGCUCCGAGAUGAAACCAGCUUCUCCUUCUGCCUGGAGAGCGACUGGGCAGGAGGGUUGAAGGUGGACCGUGCCGGCAGGGGACUCGCACUGGUCUGGAGGAGACAGAUUCAGCAGCUGAACCGGGUCAGCCUGGAUAUGGCCAGUGCUGUGGUGGAUGCCUACCCCUCACCACAGCUCCUGGUGCAGGCUUAUCGGCGGUGUGUCUCGGAGCAAGAACGCCAGAACUUGCUGGCAGACAUCCAGGUGCGACGCGGGGUGGGCGUGACAGCCACCUCCCGCCGCAUUGGCCCAGACCUGUCCAGGCGCAUCUAUCUUCAGAUGACUGCUCUGCAGCCAGAUCUCUCUCUGGACAGCGCUGACUGACGCCAGCCCACAGGGACAAGGAUGACAGCAGCAGAUUUCCACCUCCCCAACCUUGAAACGAGACGGGAAGCCCAUCCCAGGGCACGAGGCUGGUAUAGCUGGUCUUCGUCCUCCUGUCCAAGUCUCCAUGUUUGAGGGCAGAGGUCAACACCGGCACCUGCCUUUGCUUAUUGGUCCUUUCCCAGCAAAACCAGCUGCCCUGCCAGCUCUCAGGAUGAAAAGACACAGACAGACCACUCGGACACAGAUUUAAUAACUGUAGAAAUCCCAAAGAAACAGCAUCAAAUCUUGAAGUCUGAGUGAACACUAGCCUGCGGCUGGCGUGGCUGGGCUCAGCCACAGAGCUGCCUCGACCAGCCAGGAACUUGACUGGGCUGACUUCUGUUUCCACAACUUCAUCAUAUGCAUUGUGUGUUUAGUUUCAAUAAAGCGUGUGGACCCACGGCCCUGGAGCUUGGAGGAAGACUAAA